UGAUAAUAAACAACAACAAAUACCUACUUUUUGGUUCAGACCGCUAAGAUUUCAAAUCAGAAUGGUUGCCGAUCAAUUUUUUGGAGGAUUUCUGUACCUGGUGCUCGCAUUUGCAGUAAAUUCGGCAAAUGCACGUGAUGAAUGUAAUCCUCAACGUGAAAUCGAUCUGGGGACAGUCCGACCUGGCCUUAGCCCGUAUCCAGGACCCAAAGCUGGAAAGGACUUCUGGGCAUGGAUUAACAUCGGCAGUCCAUAUCAACCGAGAGCCACCUGGAGGAUAAAGAAACACGCCACGGACAGCGUGUCGAACCGGACAAGUGUAUUCUAUGUGCCCUACUCUCAUGACGGCAGUGAUUUCAAGGAUGAGGCUGCCUGUUCAAGGGGCAUAUAUAUGGGUCAAAACUACGCAUUAUACUGCAUUUUUGAAGGGUCUUACGUGCCUGAUCAUAUCGACGAUGUCCAUCUGUCUGUUAACUUCAAGACCCCCUGCAAUGAGGUCAGAAUAUCUGCGAAGCUAACCGCGUGGAUUGAAAUGGGCGGAAUGAAAUUGCCAACACUUGUAGGCCUACCCGAGCGAAAUAUCGAAUUUUACAACAGAAGGACCAAAAUUAAUGUCACAGUCGGAUUGAAACUGAAUGCAAGUGAUAUGCACAUCGCCAACUUCUCCGAACAACCGGAUGUUGUAAGUGAAAAGAAAAAUGGCCGCAAUAAUCACCCAGGUCGGUCUUUCUCUCGUGUUUUUGCAACGACAUGGAAGGGAGAACACCUGAGUUAUAAUCGGGACGGUGUGAGAGGAUAUUCUGGGAAAUUUGAACUUACUAGGAAAGAAGGCAACGUUGGUCUUGAAUCCCUGCUUGCUCGGUAUCACUGGACUAUCAACAUUGGUGCGCCUGCUCGGAGCUCUUUUACCAUCGAGACCUUCAGCCAAUUCGCGCUGCAAAGAACUGCGGACCCAAGGCCAGCAGUGUGGAUAGACACCGAGGAGAGAGACAGCAGCUUGAUAAGAAAACUUACCGAGGAUGAAGAGGGGACACUGUUAUUACCACUUGUUGUCCAGAAAAACUCAACUUACCCCCUGACCUUCGUUUGCUGGGGUGAACACGCACUUGGAAGACCCAAUAUUACAGUGCACAGAAAAUCCGAAGAGACUGGUCGGUGGAAGAAAAUACGCAGAGACGCAGACUUCUAUAAUGGUCAAGAAUAUCUAAAUGAACACCUUGGUUACUCGCAGUUCAACUAUUACGCUAUCGACCCAAUGAUUUCUAUUGGUGAGAGCGCCCUCUAUAAGUGCAAGGCAGCGUAUGGAGGCGUCGUUGCGCGCAAGAUCUUUAAGGUUAUAGUUGUGGAGAGAAUAGAUGUUACCACGCCGAAUCAGUCCCCGGUUGCUUUGGAUGACGCCGCAUUCAACCAGGAUUUCCGUUUCACAUGUAACGCCAGCGAACCAGGUGCAAAAUACGAGUUCUAUUCGACCAACUACUUCAAUGAGUUGGUCUACGGUUCUUCUAUGGAUCAUGAUCCCCAUAAUGAACAAGUACAUGCCUCAGAGCAUUUCACCAUCACGGAGUCAGAAGGCAUCGCUCACUUGGACAUCAGAGCUGGAUACGAACCCACACCUGCGCUGCAUAGGGGCCGCUCAUUCAGGCUCGUCUGCGUGGCCAAGGGGAAGUUCACAUCUGGGGCAGCUUACGUGGAUUUUGUGUCGGAAAUUGAACGGCGCGUGGGUACAGUUCAUCGCCGGAAGGUUUAGAAUGAGGUGGCCUGACCCUAGAAGAGUCGACAAGGGUGAAGAACAGGGCUCGAUCGUAUACCGACCGCGGUAUCCUGCUUAAAGGGAACUGGAACCGCCGAGCGAUUUAUUCAACUUUUCGACUUUCACCGCCCGAGAAAGUCAAACUUCCAACUUCCUAUUCGAGUUCAGAUUUGUAGCUCCGCCCCCAGUGCCCGAGCAUGCGCAGUUCAAUUUGUUAUUAUUGAGAAUCAUGUGAGAAUCACGUGAGUCAUGCGAUCUUUCAUUCAUGAGUUUUCGUAGUAAAUUCCAUAGUAGUGACGUCACUCAAUGAUUGACAGCUAGGCGCCAUGUUUCAUUCAUGCCUCGUUCUGAUCACCCGAUACGCGGGAAAUGAAAACGAGGUCAUACGAACUGGCUUGGCGGUUUCAGUUCCCUUUAACGUAUCAUUGAGUUAUAUCACAAGAUGCAAUCGAUGGUAUGAACUGACUUAUAUGCAGUACUGUCAAAAACAUGAACACUAAAUACGCUUUCUAUGUACAAUUAUUUUAAUAUGAAGACUUAAGAUAGUGAUAGUGGUAUACUAUACUUCUUUAAAAUGACUCUAAAAAUAU